AUGGAAGACAAACAACUCAGCGUCCGGUUUAGCGGUUCGGUCGACAGCGGCCCACGCAUCAGCAGCAGUAGCGACGACGAUGGCGAGAGCGAAUGGGAGGCGUUUGAUGCCGCUUUCCGAGGCAAAACGGCGUCAAUGACAGAACCUGCGUCAACGCCAACGCCAGCACGAGUGACCUUGGCGCGCCGGCCUUUCAAGGAAAAUCAGAGAGCAGCCAGCGGAAGAGCGAGGACACACCGUACCAACAGUGCUGCAAGUAGCUCUGCAGAAGACAUGCGCCUUUUGGCACCAACGAGGGCAGGCUUUCACGGAAGGAGCUCUUCUUCAGCAGAGCAGCUUGCACCUGGCUAUGACGGCGAAAGCGAUCAUAUUGGUACCAGUCAGAGACCUCAUCGCCACCACCAGGUGGUCGGAAGUACAACUAGCCACUUGCACGAGAACGACUUCAACAACAAGCAUCGCACUAACCACCAAACCGGGGCCGUUCUACAAUCCGCACGGCGUCUCCCGCUCUACAACCACAAUGAUUAUGCGCAAGCAACCUCGAGCAGCAGCUCUCCGUCCGUUCUAAAUGAUACGUCACGUGCUUUUGCGUGGUCCGUGCUCUUGCACGGCUGUCUCUGCGAAGCCCCGCUCGCCGUGCUCGAGGGCCUCGCCCGAGGCCCGCUGUACCUCGUCGCCUCGGCGUGGGUCGCGCUCGUCGCCUCCGUUGGCGCAUCCGGGCACGCCCACCACCACCGCGCCGGGCUCCGGAAGCACGCCGCCGCGCUGGCGCGAGAGGGGCUUCUCCUCCUCGCGGCAUCACUCACCCUGGCCGUGCCGUUCGCGACAAGCUUCACGGUCUACGGCGAGGUUGUUGCAGGCAGGGCUUUGGACGAGGAGGAGGCGUCGUGGGACGUCCGGCCGGUCCCGACGGUGCUCGGCGCGGUCGACCCCCUACGGUUCUGCGUAUUCGCCUUCGGGCAGGCAGGGGAGCUCGCGGCCAACGGCCGGCCGGAGCCCUUGCAGCAACCGUUUUCUGAGCUUACCGGUGGUGGUCACAGCCUGCGCACUUCCAGUCCGGGUGUUUGCGCGGAGGGUUUCAGGCCGACCAACUACGACGACGGCGGCAGCGGCGGCGGCGGCAGGUCGAACAAGCCGCCUUCCAUACGUUACGUUGGAGCCAUCGCGGCGCAAUCGAUGGACGCCGAUCGGAUGGGAGUGGGGAUGCUACAUCCCCCCGAGGAGCUCAAGCUAAGGCUCCGCCAGGCGGCCGCCCACGGGAAACGGGCCGUCGUGUCGGCCUACCGGCGUCUCGCGAACAGCGCGGCAGCGACCUAUCAUCGGCGACUUCCGACGUUUAGCAGCAACGCUGUGUAG